AUGCAUGAGCCAGCACUGAUUGAAGAUGAUGAGGACAAAGAGGAGCCGGCCCCUCUGUCGCUCCCUAAACCAGCUGCGGUUCCAGGGGCCCAGUCUGCCAUCGACCUGACUGCGGAGUUCCUGCACCCGCUGCUGUCCCCUGAGAACGUAGCCAACCUGGUGCUCAUCAGCAUGGUGUAUCUGCCAGACAUCAUGCCGGCCUCCUUCCAGGCCACAUACACACCUGUGGAGUCAGCGGGCACCGACGCCCAGAUCAAACAUCUGGCCCGGCUGAUGGCCACGCAGAUGACUGGAGCUGGCAUCGGUCCAGGACUGGAGCAGUGCAAAGCCAGAGAAGAUGAUGCAGGCAAAGACAACGAGGAUGAAGCUGGAUCCAAAGACCUGCUCAUCAAGCGCAAACUUCCUGCUGUGAUGGUGGGACAGGCCAUCUCUGUGGUGGGGGGUUACGAAAAAGAAAAGGUUCCUGCAGAGGCCCCCGCCACAGUCAAGAGGCUCCCUGAACCCAUCGUUCCUACGGCUCAAACCAAAAUGACGGGGGCGAGUGGAAGAAAAAAAGUGUUUCGAUUGUCAGAUGUGGUCCAGCCUUUAUCUGACACACAGAUCGAAAAGUUAACCUCCAGAGCCGUCAAUCGCAUCCUGCAUUCAGAGAAGGCCAUCGCUCAAAGCGGCAUGUCGCAUGUAAGUAAACACCCCGCUUCAUUCCUCAUUUCCUUUACGAUCAUUGAUUUGCACUUGAG